AUGAAAGGCUUCCUUAGCCUAACACUGCUCCCGUUGCUGGCCUCGGCCUCACCCAUGGUGGUGGGCUCGAUCCACAAUGACGCCGCUCCUAUCCUCUCAUCUAUCAACUCACAGGAAAUUCCUGACUCCUAUAUCAUCGUGUUCAAGAAGCACGUUGACCACAGCUCCGCUUCAGACCACCACAACUGGGUGCAAGAACUCCACACCGCCCAGAACGGUCGGAUGGAGCUGAAGAAGCGUUCUCUGUUUGGCUUCGACUUUGAGGCCUUCACAGGUGUCAAGCACACUUUCCGCGUUGGUGAAUCUCUCAUGGGAUAUGCUGGUCACUUCCACGAGGAUGUCAUCGAGCAGGUUCGCCGUCACCCUGAUGUCGAUUAUAUUGAGAAGGACUCUGAGGUCCGCACCAUGAGCGAAGGCACCGUUGAGAAGAACGCUCCUUGGGGUCUUGCCCGUAUCUCCCACCGGGAUGCCCUCUCCUUCGGUAACUUCAACAAGUACCUUUACGCCGAGGAGGGUGGUGAGGGUGUCGAUGCCUACGUGAUCGACACCGGUACCAACAUCGAGCACGUUGACUUCGAGGGCCGUGCUUCCUGGGGUCAGACCAUCCCCCAGGGUGAUGCCGAUGAGGAUGGAAACGGUCACGGAACCCACUGCUCCGGUACCAUUGCCGGUAAGAAGUACGGUGUCGCCAAGAAGGCCAACGUCUACGCUGUCAAGGUGCUCCGCUCCAACGGCUCUGGUACCAUGUCCGAUGUCGUCAAGGGUGUUGAGUGGGCCGCUGAGUCUCACAUCAAGAAGUCCAAGAAGGGUGACAAGAAGUUCAAGGGUAGCGUUGCCAACAUGUCUCUUGGCGGUGGUAGCUCUCGCACUUUGGACCUCGCUGUCAACGCCGCCGUUGACGCUGGUCUUCACUUCGCUGUCGCUGCUGGUAACGACAACGCCGAUGCUUGCAACUACUCCCCUGCCGCUGCUGAGAAGGCCGUCACUGUCGGUGCUUCUACCCUGGCUGAUGAGCGUGCGUACUUCUCCAACUACGGAAAGUGCACUGACAUCUUCGCCCCCGGUCUGAACAUCCUGUCUACCUGGACUGGCAGCAAGCACGCCGUCAACACCAUCUCAGGUACCUCCAUGGCCUCUCCCCACAUUGCCGGUCUCCUGGCCUACUACGUCUCCCUGGCACCCGCCAAGGACUCUGCCUUUGCCGUUGCCGAUGUCACCCCCAAGCAGCUUAAGGCAGCCCUCAUCGCCAUCGCUACCUCUGGCGCUCUCUCUGACAUUCCCUCCGACACCCCCAACCUCCUCGCCUGGAACGGUGGUGGUUCCUCCAACUACACCGAGAUUGUUGCCGGUGGUGGCUACAAGUCCGGCAGCAGCGUCGAGGACGCUGUCAAGGACCGUGUUGGCAGCAUCAUUGAGGAUGCCGAGAAGGCCUUCCACAAGGAGCUCGGUGCCAUCUACAGCGAGAUCAAGGACGCUGUUUCCGCAUAG